GCAUUACAUUUCCAGCUCCUGCUUCAGUAACCAGACACUCGCAGGUGAAUAUCUGCCAGGUUCACCGCUGAACAGAGACAGAGGGAGUGGUUAGAGAGAGAAGUAACCAGACCUGUGUGACUCCUUCCUCUCCAAAGACAGCGCAGAACUUUCUCCAGGAGAAAUACAAGACUCCGCUGGAGCAGGAAGUGCUCUGAAGAAAUCACUGGGAAUGUUUAAGGGAAAUAUCUGUAGCUCGUAUCUGUUAUUUCUGUAAGUCUCCUUUCACUGCCUGAACUUCUGAGACACUCUCUGUUUGGUUUCUCUCAUUUGAGAAUCACACACUGAACUACAGUAAAACCUCUUGAACAAAAGAGUUUCCAGAGAGAGUGAGAGAAAGCUGAGGAUUUUCAUGCAUAAAAUCUUUUGUUUUCUCCGGUCUGUGAAAGUAGAGCGCAUGCAGGUUGAAGAAAAACCACACAAACUAUGCAGCUAUUGGAUUUCACCUCAUAGCAUUCAAUGCAAACAGCAAUAUGGAUUCAACCUACACUAGGAUCUCUUCAAGGUUUCUCAAGUCUGAUCAGACGACAGCUGUGUUGACGUCAUUUAAAACAUUGCCUGAUGAAGAUGUUAAUAAUCAUAUUGGAGUAGCAGAUCCUUUGAGAUCGAAAUCUGGAGAUGGUUUGAAGGAAAACAUGGAGCUGGAUCACCAUUAUUCGUCUUCACAGAUGUCCUCCGAUCCGUAUCUGGUGCAGGUUACUAGAGUGGAGACAUACAUCGACUAUGAGGAAGACACCACAGGUCUUCAGAGAAGGGAACAUAAAGGAUCUGUGGAGAAACUCGAGCCGUUUGCGGUCAAAGCUGAGAGUCUCGUGGAGCGAUCACUUAAAGACACUUCGAUUCUGAACCGGGCCGGCUCGUACGGAAAAAUCAACCGCUUGCUGGAUUUCUCAUCCCGCAUUUUGGAAGACUCCAAGAAAGAAGUUCCAUCUUGGAGCAUUCAUAGAGUAGAUUCAGCAUCAGAAAUACUAAACAGAAGUUUCACGGGCGACUCAGACGUCAGCAGCUGGAGACGAGUCCUUCCUCUUCACAAACCUGUGUCUGAAGUAGAUAAAGCAGGUGAGGAUGUUUCUUCACUUUCAGAAGAAGGGAGUUCAGAAGCAGAUCCAGCGUCUCAGACGGAUUCCCAAAAAGGAGGAACUGAGAUUCCAGCUUCAGUUUUACCCACUUCAGAUCUUCAGCCGCAGACAAAAGGUCUUUCAGAGACGCUCUCUGUAUCUGAGCACAUGCCAGAAGCUCUUUCUCUUCCUCCAAAGGACUCCAAACCGGAAAGUAGUUUGGCUAAAAGCAGCGGCGACAGACACCAGCUGCCCGCUCUGUUCAGCGGUUUACGAGUGUUAAAGAAAGGAGCAGUCGGAGACGACAGGGAGACGCUUUCAGAAAUCAAACAGCGAGACACGGAUCGAGCGCUGCUGAGCCUUAAACAGAAUGUCAACAAAGCCAAACUCCAACAAAACACCAGCAUUGGAGUUACUAAAAAGAAAAACGAACCCAGAAGUUUAUCUGAAAUCACCGGUUUGCUACAGAAAGCGUCGAACGCUGAAGUCAAACAGAACGAGGACAAAUCCAACGCUGCAGAUCCAAGCGCUGGUAAAACGGAUGGAGGAAGUAAAACAGUGACAGAUGCAUCGUUUGAUGCUUUAAAAUCCAAAUUAUUCGGCUCUAAACCUGCUAAGAAGGAUCCUGUGGAUGCAGCGCUGGAUCUGGACGCUGUCAGGAGGAAGAAAAAGAACGAUAAAGAGCUGCUGAGGUCUAUCUUUGAAAGACAGAGUAAAGCUCCGGUCGCUGACAUCAAGAGUCCUACAGAGGAGAGAUCUGAGGUCACGUCUCCGUCUGACGGUGAGGACCGAACCCCUGGCCGUCUGCAGGCCGUCUGGCCUCCACCGAAAGAGGACAGAGAGGAGAAGGUCGGUCUGCGUUACACUGAAGCCGAGCACCAGGCCGCUCUCCUGCAGCUGAAGAGAGAGUGUAAGGAGGAGCUGGAGAAGCUGCAUGCGGAUUACGAGCUGCAGAUCUUCCAGGUUCGAGGCGAGCAUGCGGAGGUGGUGUCUCGUCUGGAGUCGCUCAUCGGUGGGAUGCAGCGGACGCAGGUGUAUAACACCGUCCAGGAGCGCGGCGAGCUGCAGGACGUCUGUGUCUCCACCGAAGACGAACAGCCACCCAAAAGCUUCCGCAACGUGUGCAUCCAGACUGACCGCGAGACCUUCAUCAAAUCCCCAGCGGGUGACGGAGACAGAUCAGAGCCGAGCUCCAGCUCCAGCCUGCCCAAAAAACUGGACCUGGACUCCAUCAGUAUGAAUUUGGGUGUGGGUUCAGGACCAAACCCACUCCCCGGUAGCUCCGCCCCUCCUCCUGCUCCGCCCUUACCUGGACUUGCACAUGCCCUGCCCCCUCCUCCACCUCUCCCCGGAGCCCCACCCCCACCUGGUCUACCAGGAGCUCCGCCCCCUCCUCCACCUCUCCCUGGAGCCCCACCCCCACCCGGUCUACCAGGAGCUCCGCCCCCUCCUCCACCUCUCCCUGGAGCCCCACCCCUUCCUCCACCCCCACCCGGUCUACCAGGAGCUCCGCCCCCUCCUCCACCUCUCCCUGGAGCCCCACCCCCUCCUCCACCCCCACCCGGUCUACCAGGAGCUCCGCCCCCUCCUCCACCCAUGCCGGGCUUUGGCGCUCCUCCUCCGCUUCCUGCUCUUGGCGGGUUUGGAUACGGACAGGUGACUGAGAAAGCGCCACGUAAACCGGCCGUGGAACCGGCCUGCCCCAUGAAACCACUUUACUGGAGCCGCAUCCAAAUUCAGGACAAUAAUAACACACUCUGGAGUUCACUGGAAGAGCCUGAUAUCAUAAACACCAAAGAAUUUGAGGAUCUAUUCUCCAAAGCCACCAUCCAGCCCAAGAAGAAACCGCUGUCAGACACGUAUGAGAAGAAGAACAAAGCCAAGAAGAUCAUCAAGCUGCUGGAUGGCAAACGCUCUCAGGCCGUGGGAAUAUUAAUAUCCAGCCUCCACCUGGAGAUGAAGGACAUUCAGCAGGCUGUUCUGACGGUGGAUCAUUCUGUGGUGGAUCUGGAGACUAUUGAAGCUUUAUAUGAGAACAGAGCUCAGCCUGAUGAACUGGAGAAGAUCAAGAAACAUUACGAGACGUCUAAAGAAGACGAGGUGAAACUUCUGGAUAAACCGGAGCUAUUCCUGUACGAACUCUCGCAGAUUCCCGACUUCGCCCGGCGCGCACACUGCAUCAUAUUCCAGUCUGUGUUCGUGGACUCCAUAUCAUCCGUCCAUCAGAAGGUGGACAUCAUCUCUGCUGUGAGCAAGGCUUUUCUUGAGAAUGACAGCGUGAGGGACGUGAUCGGCCUCAUCCUGGCGUUUGGGAACUACAUGAACGGAGGAAACCGAACCCGAGGACAAGCAGACGGAUUCGGACUAGACAUUCUGCCUAAAUUAAAAGAUGUCAAGAGCAGGGACAACCGUAUGAGUCUGGUGGAUUAUGUAGUGUCAUACUACCUGCGAAACAUGGACGAGAACGCAGGAACAGAGAAGAGCGUUUUCCCGCUUCCCGAACCUCAGGAUCUCUUCCAAGCUGCUCAGGUCAAGUUUGAAGAUCUCGCAAAAGACCUUCGCAAGUUAAAGAAGGAGCUGACAGGGUGUGUGAAGGAGGUUGAGCAGGUGUGUGAAAACUCGUCUGAGGAACAUCUACAGCCCUUUAAGGACAAGAUGGAGACCUUCGUCAGCACCGCUCAAACGGAGUACGAGACUGAAGACGAGCAGCUGCAGGAGGCUCAGAAGAGCUUCCAGGACAUGGUGAUGUACUUCGGGCUCAAACCCAAGUCUGGAGAGAAGGAGGUUUCUCCAAACUAUGUCUUCAUGCUGUGGUACGAGUUCUGCAAUGAUUUCAAGAGCACCUGGAACCGAGAGAAUAAAAACAUCUUCAAAGAGAGACUGAAAGAAGCUCAGCAAACCGUGCAGAAAAUCACAGCUGAGAAGAAAGUGGAGACGAAGAAGACCAACGAAAACAGUCUGAAAGAGCGACUGCGGAAGAAAGAAGCCGGCUGAAAUGCAUUGUGAAGAAACAUCAGUAAUAUCUAAUCAUCAAACAUGGUCUCACAUCAGAAGAUGGUUAUUAUCUGUCUUGGUGCGCACCACGUUUUCCUUUCGCCUGAAUGAAACUUGAUGAAGCACUUUUACACUCCUCCUCACUGGUGAAGCCUAUGCAAAUACCAAAUCAUAUCCAUGCAUUGAGGAACGAAUCAUAUUAUUAUUAUUAUUAUUAUAGCAACAUCUGAUGCUGUUAAAGUCAAAGCCCUGUUUAUUCACAGAA